GAGAGACAGGCAAGCAAACCAAAGCCGAAGGCAAACCUAACAAAUAGCAACACCGAAUAUUUAAGGUUAACAAAAACAGCAGCAGAGUGAGGGGAGAGAGAGAGAGAGAGAGAGAGAGAGAGAGAUCACCUAACCCUCUUUCUCUCCCUUUUUGUUAGGGUUUGCCCUAAGAUUUUCCUUUCCCCUCACAGCAUUUUUCUCUCCUUUUCACCGCCUCCACUCUGGCAUCGCCAACCUUUGCACGGAUUCUCUCUCAUUCUCAUUUCCUCAAACCGAGUAUUGCCCUCCCAAACGCUCUGAAUUCGCUUAAACCCCAUCAAAGCAAAAUAUUCGGCUUUUCACUAGAACCCCAAGAAAGAUAGCAUAUUUCAGGGUCCUUUUGAUUGAUGGGUAGGAGAGAGGGACUCCAAUUGUUCGACGAUAAACGGGAUGGGCUUUUCUCCGUGUGUGAUUUGGGCUCUCAGUGGAGCCUUCAAGAGGGGUUCUUUCAUCCCGGAGGCUUAUUCGCCAGCGUUGGUCAGGUUGGAAUGGGAUUCGGCGUUUCGCCUAAUCCUCCAGACUCCCGAGACAAUAGGGGCGUGAAAGUACCGUACACCGAUUUGUACGCCAAGUACGUCGUCCCGGAGGGGGUUCGGAUAGUUGGUGUGCGGGAAGAGGAGGGGAUUGUGAAGAAGAAGAAGAAGACGAAGAACGGUCUUAAGUUGAAAAUUAAGGUCUCGAAUCCGUCGCUUAGGAGGUUGAUAAGCGGCGCAAUAGCCGGGGCGAUAUCGCGGACGGCAGUGGCACCGCUGGAGACUAUAAGGACGCACUUGAUGGUUGGGAGUAGUGGGCAUUCUACUACUGAGGUUUUCCAAAAUAUUAUGAAGACUGAUGGGUGGAAGGGAUUGUUUAGGGGUAAUUUGGUCAAUGUGAUUCGGGUUGCGCCUAGCAAGGCGAUAGAGCUAUUUGCUUAUGAUACAGUCAACAAGCAAUUGUCACCCAAACCUGGGGAACGGCCUAAACUCCCAAUUCCUGCUUCACUAGUUGCUGGGGCCUGUGCUGGAGUUAGUUCAACUUUGUGCACAUACCCUCUUGAAUUAGUCAAGACCCGAAUAACCGUAGAGAGAGGUGUUUACAAGGGACUCUUUGAUGCAUUUUUUAAAAUACUGAAAGAAGAGGGACCUGCUGAACUCUACAGAGGCCUUACCCCUAGUCUUAUUGGUGUUAUUCCAUAUGCCGCCGCUAAUUACUUUGCCUACGACACAUUAAGGAAAACCUAUCGUAAAAUUUAUAGGCAAGAGAAGAUUGGCAACAUUGAAACCCUUCUAAUUGGGUCAGCGGCUGGAGCUAUUUCAAGUAGUGCGACUUUUCCUCUUGAGGUGGCUCGCAAGCACAUGCAGGUGGGGGCUCUCAGUGGAAGGCAGGUAUACAAGAAUGUGAUCCAUGCACUUGCAAGCAUAGUUGAACAAGAAGGGAUUCAGGGUUUAUAUAGAGGGCUUGGCCCUAGCUGCAUGAAGUUGGUCCCUGCUGCCGGGAUUUCUUUCAUGUGCUACGAAGCAUGCAAGAAGAUACUGGUAGAGAAUAAUGAGGAAGCAUGAAAGAGUUUUUUGAAAGUACCAAAAGAUCUCACGAAAUGCUGGGAAUUAUUUUUUCAUUUGCUGCGAAGCUUGCGAGAGUAUGCUAGUAGAGAAUAAUGAGGAAGCAUAAAAGAGUUUUUUGAAAUCACCAAAAUGUCGGGGUAUCUUCCAUUUGCUCUAGAGCAUGCAAGAGGAUACUGGUAGAGAGACUGAGGAAGCAUUAAGAGUUUUUUGAAAUGAUUGAAAGAUCUCACAAAAUGUCUCACUCGGA